AAGUUCAAACUCUAGUACUCCACUGAGCCUAAUUUAUUGUGAAACACUUAUGGAGCCCUACAACAUUUGGAUAUUCCUUGUAGUUGCUAUGGUAACACCUCAGCAUUUGUCAGCUCAUAAGAAGGAGGCCAGUGAAUCUACCGCAAAUACUUGCGCAAGGUGCUGCUUAACAGAAGACCAAGGAAACCAAAAAGAACAGGUCAGUCGUCCAGCCUCAAAAUAUGUACCGCAGAAAUCGCUUCCUUAUCUGUUCAUGCUUACAAACGCGAUGUAUUUGCACCUCACUGCAUGGGGGAUUCCUGGAGUAGCAUGCAUCAAAGCAAUAAGAACAAACAUGAAUCCGACGGCACGAACCUUGUGUCAGGUAUUGGUGUUCAAGUCUUCUAGGAAGUGGAGCUAUGAUUAUGAGUAUGUGGAUUACACACCAAUAUGGAAAAAUACCAAGAAAAUUAGAGGAUUCACGUCUUUUAAUAAGAGAACUGGUGAAAAUACAACGUAUACCCUUCACCACGUAUACAAGGAUUGCGCUAUUGUAAACAAGACAAAGAAUACAAAAAGAGAAGGUUACAAGCAAGUAUGUGAAGUGUGGGUGAGCGAUCAGUUCUUUGACAAAAACACCGACGGCCUCAGAUUUUGCACCGCAAAUUUCUGGAAGUGCUGCAAACCCCAUACCCCAAAACAAUACUUUAUGUCCGAGUGUGACGAAAGAAUUGGCAAAGUUAUUUCAGUGUAAUGCGCAAGGUCACGAACCAAUAGUCAAUAAUAUGAGUAAGUCUUUUUGUCAGCAGUAUCUCAAUAAAAUAUCAUGAAGCGUUGA